GCAGGCCGGCACUUCCCCUCCCGGAGCGGGCUACUCAGGUUCGCCGCUUUGUACAUCUGCUGCACCUUCAUCCUGUGUUUGAUCGAAAGCCGUCGGGUUUGGUUUCGUUUAAUCUGUUUCCUCUGUGAUUUUUGUUACGCUCUAGCAUGCUCUAUUGUUGCCGUUGAAGCCUGAUGAAGCAGGCUCCUGGUUAGGUCUCGUUCGCACAGGAUUUGUUAGCCGGAUCUCUUUGUUGCCUUCUUCUGAUUUUUCAGAUCGAACUUGGAGUUGGACGUCCGAUCAACCAUGGGCCUCUCGCGGCGCUUUCUGAACCUGAUCGUGGAAAGCCACGAGCCUGCCACCAAAUCGCUGCGCCGCAUCGAUCUGGAGAUCGAGCCUGCAACUCUUUUUUCCACCGCCAGCGCCAAUUCGGCGACCAACAACAAAGAUGGAGGACAUCCCGGUCCCGCUUCCCGACCCGAUGUUGAAGUUCGAAGCCCACAGCUUUAGAGGUACAGGCGAUCUGUGGAGCUUAGCCUGUUACCCAUUUGGACAACGGAAGGUACUCUCCACGGACCAGGCCGGGUCAACUUCCUCUACGACCUCGACACGCGCGACAUGGCGGCCAUGCCCAGCUUCCGCAAGCCUAAGUUGCGCGGUUGCCUCUCGCUCUUCGUCCCUGUCGGCGAUGGCGAAGACGACGACCACGAAGGCGGCGGUGGCGGAAGCCUAUACCUCAUGGUGAGGGAACUCCGAGAGGUGAGAAGGCACAAGAUUGAGGUUGGGCAGCCAAGCAUGGAUUUCGAGGUCUUGUUCUACGGCAAUGGCAGGACGACCUCGCACUGCAAACUCCUUCCGCUACCACCUUUCGUCCUUGAGCCCAUCCGCAAGAAUGAACUCCCCGAGAUCCGUUCCUACGCCGUCGUCAAUGGUGGCUCUCACAUCUGCGUGUCCGUCGACGGCAGAGGCACAUACACCCUGGACACGGCGAGCCACACGUGGGACAAGGUCGGCGACUGGACCCUACCCAUCCAUGGCAAGGUCGAGUACGUGCCGGAGCUCAAGCUCUGGUUCGGCCUCUCCGGCGAUGCCCAGCACUUGGCUGCUGCUGACCUCUCCACCAUGGACGCCCACUCCCCGCCGCAGCUAGCUGCUGGCCACGGUUGGGAGGAGUUCCAGCCUCCGGAGAAAUGGGCAGAACAAGGACUGCAAAUAGAUCAAGAGGAUGUUCAACUGGUGAACCUGGGCUCAGGCAGGUUUUGCAUCGCAAGGUUCUUCGAUCGUCGACUGGCGGGAGAGCCAUGACAGUGUCUUCUACUUUGUCGUCUUGACCGGCGUGGAAGUGGUCAAGCGUGUCCUCGACAAUGGUGAAGUGAAUCUUGAAAUGAUCCCUCACAAAUCCAAGUGUCAUCACAAGUCGCCUGUCGACGGAACUCACAUCGAGCAAUUGUUCUGAACAACCCAACUUUAUCACUAUGCAUGUGCCGUCUGAAUGAUUGUGUUGGGAUUGAAAAGUGAGGCAACUGAGGAUCCUGUACUACUUUGUAUAAGGUCUUGUUUAGUUCCGAAAAAAUUUCGGAUUUAGCUACUGUAGCA